AUGGAUCAUGCAAGCCCAAACUCCACUGGCUCACUGACUAAUUGGGGAGUUUCUUUGCUUAGCCAACUCCACAACUUUAAAUUUGGCAAAUCUGCGAUAUAUUGCAGAUUUGUCAAAUUGAGAGGUGAUUCAUCAACUGGGCACCUUGAAGAAUCAAUUCAGGGUGAUGGAGUGGAGUUGAAGCAGAGAAAAAUUACGGAUUGACUUAAAAAUGAUCCAUAA